AUGAAAGGAGAAUUUUACGGCAAGUUUGGCGUUUCGGAAUCAGGGGCGAGAAGAUGGCACACGAAAGAGCAAGUAGUGGGCUUCACUGGAGCUGAAGGUCUAAACUUUGCAAUGGUGAAACCCCAGCGCCAGGAAAGUGGCACUACGGGGAUGCAGUGGGAAUACUACAACCGAGGCGGAGAGGGUCCUCAACUCACGGAUGACAACUUGCUGAAUGACGUCACCGCUCUUGUUGCCGCCGUGCAGGGAGCCAAAAACCUGGCGGAUCUGCCUGAUUCCGUCGGCGACACUGUCGGCGAAAGCGAAAAAUCUGCGAAAAUUGAGGUACUGUUCCAGUUUACCAUUCGCACACAGAGUGCUGCAGAGCUCGAGUUUGUGGAGGAUAUCUGGAAGGAACGCAGCGGGCUAGUUUUGGCCGAUUCAGAUCAAACAGAACACGACGCCCUGAACAGAGCAGUAGAGACUGCAGUGGGCCAUGCCGCGCGGGUGAUGCCGACCCUGCAGUUCGUCGGUGUCACCUCGACGAAAACAGGGGGGGAGCCAGACCACGUUGAGAACGACGAAGGGCCCGUACGUCCCGAGGUUCCGGUUUCUUCAACUCCGGUGACGGUCGCGCGCCAGGUCGUGUUUGGACUGAGUCUUAGCAGCGACGGAAGCAAGACCACAGCCACCAACGCCGAUGCGCUAGUCUCCCACCGCAGCUUCCAAGACGCGCUGACAGAGGGCAUGCUGGAUUUUUUGAACAAGAAUUUCUUUGCUUCUUCUGGACUCACCCUGAAUCCGACCCAAAUCCAGGGCCAGCAGCCGGAAAUCGUCAAUUGGAGUCCCAGCGCAUCGUCCUUUCUGGAAACCACAAUGAAGGCAGAAGAAUCACGUCAACUUCGCACGCAGAGGCAACGAGCCGGGACAACGAUUUCCCAAGAUGUGGAUAUCUUGUUCAAGUUUGGGCUUCGGCUCGAUGCGGAUGCUUUGGCAAAUUCCACCCUGGAGGACAACUGGGAAGCCGGCGGAGGCGUCGGUCUCUCAGAGGAGGCCACGAGGAAUUUGCAAACCGACGUUGCAGCGGCGAUUGCACAGAGCGAGCAGGUCGCAUCCACGGGUUUUGAUGUAGGUAUCACAGUGCAGGACACCGUGACGCCAGAAAACCUUGAGCUCGACAUCGUGUGGGAGGAGCCUGUGCCGAACAAGAUUCCUCGCAGGGUUCUCUCACGCGAACUGCAAUUCACCAUCUUUUUCGACAGCGAGCUUGCGGGUUCCGCUAAACGGGUCCAAGAGGCGGAUUUCAACUUUCUUGACGCUGCAUUGCCUGUGGAUCAAAUUGAAAAGCUAAACCAGACGAUGCUCAGUUUCCGCAUCGCAUUGGAAGAUGGAGUCGAGGGCUUUCUCGAGAAUAACCUACAUGAUACCGACGGCAAUCCUCUGAUCGAGCAGCGCACUAGUGCGCUUCACGUAGGGACUCAGGUGCUCAAAAUUUACGCGCUGCCCGAAGUUCCGUCAGUGCCUGCGUCCGUCUCCUUUUUGCAGCGGACUCAGUGGAAAACCAGCAGCCAGCAGAAGAAGCAAAAAUUAUUCACAAGAGAGGCGCUGCACCGCGGUGACGCUGAACGCCUUGCAGAACUUGCGGAAGUCGCAGUCUUUUUCACGUUCAAUAUCGAAAUCAGUGCGGUAGCCGAAGAGCAAGCAGCAGUGCUAGAGCAUUCUUUGACCCGCGAAUGGUCCGAAGCGCACGGGCUGGAAAAUGCCGGCACGCAAACUGCGCUGGAAAGCGUCCUCAACGAAACUGUGGCUGAAAUUGCAAUCGGGGAGGCGGUCAUGGAGUUUGUGGGCGUCACUUCCACAAAAUCGAUCGGGGAGCCGGUAUUUCCAAGCUUGUCGACCAAUACUAGUACGUCUACCUCCACGACCGCGGAGAGGCAAGACGCAAAGAACACCACGGAAAACAAUGACCUGGCCAACGGAAUCGAAACUGUGCUGUUGGCGCGCAGACUAGAAUUUCAAUUAGCGCGACGUGAUGGAGGCUCAGCCCAAAGCGCCGAAACCAUCGUCACCGCCCCGAGUUUCCAACGAGCAUUGACGGCUGGCGUCCUAGACUUUCUCAACACGAAUUUCUUUGCUUCCGCCGAGCUCCAGCUGAACACGACCCAAAUCCAGGGGACUACACCGAAAAUCGUCGCGAACCCGCGUGACAGUGAGUCUUUUCUUCAGAAACGCAGUGGAAAAAUCUUCCAGCAUAUGGACGCGGAGAAACAAGGACGCGCAGCUUCCAUCACGGCCGAUGACGUAACCGUUGUGUUCGACUUCGGCAUACGCGUCGACGCAGAUGAUCUGGAACAGUCCACGUGGGACUGGGACGCCUCCAGCAGUGCCGGCCUUUCGGCUGUCGCGGCCCACAGUCUGCAAACCAAAAUUGAAG